AGUAGGGCCCACUCGUGGUGGUACUUCCACCCAGCCACACACGAAGGAGGAGGAGGAGAAGAUGGCCGCCAUCCUGCAGGAGARAAAGGAGAAGAAGGAGGCCAAGAAGAAGGCCUUGAAAGAGGAACAGGCGGCCAAAUUGAAGAAGAUGGAGGAAGAGAUGGCCAGGGAGAAAGAGAGGCUGAAAAAGGAAGAAGAAGAGAAGCUGAAGGAGGUGGAUGAAGAAGAGGAAGGUCCACCACUACAAAAGAGUAGUGGGCAGCAUAGUGGCAGCAAUGGCGGGGACCUGGAGAAAAGGAUAUCCGAAUGGGUUGCCAACUUGUCUGUGGGAGAAGAAGAAGAAGUGGCAAUGUACAUACCCCAAGAUGAUCAGGAAGCCGCUAUGAAAGCUUGGGAAGCAGAAAAAGAUGUCGUGAAGCGGCAGGCGAUGGAAGAUGAAAAGAGGAUGGAAUGGAGAUUGGCAGUGAUGAGGGAGAAGAAAAGGAGAGUGGACGCGGCGGCGGAGGCGGCAGAAGAAUUAGAGGAAGCGGAGCAAUAUGACUUCAGUAGGAGUCAGCACAUAACUGUGCAUUCAAUAAAGUUGGGGUUUCGAGAAUUUGCGCGCGAGCUGGUAGGCGCUGUAGGAACCGAGGUGGCCCACCGCCUUGACAAGACCGAGCGGUCCUGUCCUGGCGCCAUUGAGGGCGUCAAGGCGGCAGCCCCCAAGGAGGAGGAAGCACGUCCUCCUCGCCGGGAACCAGUCAAGAUCAAAUUCCCUGAUUCCUACAGUGGGAAAAGGGAAGAGAACUUUGACAAUUGGGAAGCUAACGUUAAGACCUAUGUGCACUUGCAACAGGUCUCCUCGGAUCAGCAGGUUCUGAUUGCGAUCCACGCGCUGAGAGAUGAGGCCGCCAGUUUUGCAAGGUCCCUAGUUCGCGCUGCCAACUGUAGUGAUGAUCCCGUUGCGUACUCCUCGUUCACGUCCCUUAUCGAAUUCCUGAAAUUGCUGCGCGAGCGAUUUGCAGACGUCGCUCGCAGUGUUAAGGCCUCAGACAAGCUCCAAACCAUCCAUUCUCGUAAAUGGAAGAGCGCUAGGGCACUCAAGGGUACAAUGGAUGAGUUGGUGGCCGUCCCUGACCACGGGGUCACAGAGGGCCAAUUAGUCAACCUCUUUUACCGGGCUAUGCCCGAAGCCUUUCGAGGGCAGUUCUUCGCAAAGAGCGAAGAUCCUCCCACCACUUACGAUUCCCUUAGUCGUGAAGUGGUGGCUUUUGAAGCGAAGUCCGUGUCCCUGUCUACCUUCUGGCACAAGGACUUGGACAGGGGAAAGCAAUGGAAAGGCCGCACUAUCUCAGGGCAGGUAAAGACUAAGGACUGCCUUGUCCUGACUUUAGAUGAAGGUAGUGUGGAUGAGAUCCCCUACGAUCAGAUUGACUGGGGGCUAGAGGAGGAGGACAGCGGUGUGGGCCAGGGGAGAUCCUACGCUGCUGUCGUGGCUGGAGGGAGGCCGCAAGGAGGAAGAGGCCAGGGCCAAGGGGGUCGGGCCUCAGGGAACCGGUUCCAGGGCGAUCAGGGGGUUGGCGGCAGAGGAGGAAACCGCCAAGCGGAAGGCAGGGGUCAAGGUCCCUCGCAAAACCGUCCUAGGAAUAGGUCUCCCUAUAGAGAUGUCCCCACGGAGUUAGAGGAACUUCGCAAGCAGUUAGACGAGCUCCUCGAGAAGGGUUGGAUUAGGCCCAGUUCGUCUCCUUUCGGAGCACUUGUCCUCUUUGUUCCUAAGAGUGAGGGAGAGCUGAGAAUGUGCAUAGACUAUAGGGGUCUGAAUGAGAUUACAGUGAAGAAUGUUGAGCCACUGCCAAGGAUAGACGAUCUUUCAGAUGGAGUGCAGGGGGCCAAGUAUUUCUCCAAGAUAGAUUUAAGGUCCGGAUAUCAUCAAAUAGAGGUACAUCCUGAUGAUCAGUAUAAAACGGCCUUCCGGACCAGGAAGUUCGUGAGGAACUUCUCCACCAUCGCUGCGCCCCUUCGCAGAUUGCUGAGAAAAGAGACAAUCUGGAAGUGGGACAAGGACUGCACGUCUGCGAUGAAGAAAUUAAAGCAGGCAUUGAUAGAGUAUCCAGUCCUUAAGGUCGCUGAUCUGUCCUUGCCUUUUGUCGUUACUACGGAUGCUAGCCAGUACGGCAUAGGCGCGGUGUUGCAGCAAGACAAUGGCAAUGGGUAUAGACCCGUAGAGUUCAUGUCCGCCAGAAUGCCUUCAGAGAAUGUCGCGACAUCUACCUAUGAGAGGGAACUCUACGCUCUCAGGCAAGCGUUAGACCACUGGAAGCACUACUUGCUUGGGAGGCACUUCAAAGUCUAUUCUGACCAUGAAACAUUACGAUGGUUAAAGACGCAGGCCAAGAUGACACCUAAGCUUACUAGGUGGGCCGCAGAGAUAGAUCAGUACGACUUUGAGCUCAAGCCUGUCAAAGGGAAGUAUAACGUAGUUGCGGACGCUCUGAGUAGAAGAGUUGAUUACUUCGGGGCAAUAGUGCACUACCUCGAUAUAGGGAAGGACCAACAACAGAAGGAGAUGCCACGUGGUCUAGUAUGCCACGCUCGGGGGCAUUCUAUUGAAUGCGGCGAUGGCGAUGGCGAUGGCGAUGGCGAUGGGGAUCGCGACCAGCGUGCGACCACGUGGCAAGCACCAGGAGGCGCGUCGGGUAACCCUGCUGCUGCCCCGCUUAUAGCAGAAUUGGCUGUCAUCAUCGCCGUGGACGCCAUAGCCAUACCCAUAGCCAUAGCCAUAGCUACAACGCUGGGAACUGGCGUCAGACGUGGACACUACCCUUGCCUGCUUUCCGCGAGGUGGAGAAGGCUAAACCCCUUUCCUCGGUCCUUGAGGACAUCCGUCGGUCCUUGAGGACAUCCGUUAAAAUUUUGGAACGAUACAGAGAAAGAAGAUUAGCAUGGCCCCCGCGCAAGCAUGACGCGCACGCAUUACCAACUACCAAAGUAGCCUACCCCCCGUCUUCCCCCGAACAUAACGCAACCUGAGAAUGAAUGCAUACAGACUAU